CUCCUCAAUCUCUUUCCCCACUCUCUCUCUUUCUUGCGGAUCAGUCUCUCCUUGUCUGUAUCUCUCUGCAAAGGCAAUCCUUGCACAACACAACCCUUUAUUCCUGUGAGCUGAUUGCAAUGAAUUUUUCUAUAUGAAUGUAGGUCAUUUACAACAGAAAGCACCCAUUCUUUUCUGUCCAGCGUUGUACCGUGAUUACAUUCCUGUGGACUGGGGUCUGGUCUUGGAUUCGAUUAAGAGACAACGGGGUAUUAUUAAAAAAGAUAAUAAUAAUAAUAAUAAUCAUAAUAAAACAAACGCGGUCUGAAAUCUUCGGUUUUGAGACUAUGAAAAAAGAGUGGCUGCGUAAAACGCGAGUUUGUUGUUGCAGCUAAAAGAUAAGAAAACUGAAAAAUCCAACAAGACUCACAAAAGGAAAUGCAGUACUACUCCUUUGCCUGUAAGGACAUAAUUUGGUGCUAAUAUGGAAUCCAUACUGCAGAAUGAAAUCUAGAGAAGAGGCACCUAUGAUUUAUAACAUUAUGGAGUUUAUGUAUGGCUGGCAUAGAGAAGCAGUCACCAAUGACUGCAAACACAUGGCAUAGAUGAUUUAAUGUUCCUGGCUGUGCCAUAGAGUGUCUACCGCAUUUUAAUUCAGACAAUGUCAACGACAAAGGGACUACUAUGGCUGCCAUUUGUUUUCACCCCAUUUUGUGUAAUGCUGAAAGUGAACCUUGUUCUAUGGAUUACCACUCUUGCCAUACGACUUACAAUAAUCAGUUGUCAGGUUCAGCAUCCAGUUGUAAAUACAAAUUAUGGUAAAAUACGUGGCACAAGAACAAUUUUGCCUAAUGAAAUUCUUGGUCCUGUGGAUCAGUAUCUUGGAAUUCCUUAUGCUGCACCUCCCACUGGUGAAAGAAGAUUCCAGCAAGCAGAGCCUCCAUCAUCUUGGACAGGAAUAAGAAAUGCUACACAAUUUUCUCCAGUUUGUCCCCAGUACCUGGAUGACAAAGUUUUGCUAAAUGACAUGCUGCCUGUUUGGUUUACUGCCAACUUGGAUACAAUGCCUACCUAUGUUCAGGAUCAAAGUGAAGAUUGUCUCUUCUUGAAUAUAUAUGUACCAACAGAGGAAGGAACAACCACAAAGAAACAAGCAGAUGCUUUAACCAGUAAUGAUCGCGGUGAAGAUGAAGAUAUCCACGACCAGAGCAACAAAAAGCCAGUGAUGGUGUAUAUUCAUGGAGGAUCCUAUAUUGAAGGAACUGGUAACAUGAUUGAUGGAAGCAUUCUGGCAAGCUAUGGAAAUGUCAUUGUUGUUACCCUUAACUAUAGGCUAGGGGUACUGGGUUUUCUUAGUACUGGAGACCAAUCUGCAAAGGGAAAUUAUGGACUUCUAGAUCAAAUCCAGGCAUUAAGGUGGAUUGGAGAAAAUAUUGGUGCAUUUGGAGGUGAUGCUAAGAGAGUUACAAUCUUUGGAUCUGGAGCAGGGGCAUCUUGUGUUAGUUUGCUGACUUUAUCUCACUACUCAGAAGGUCUCUUUCAGAAGGCAAUCAUACAAAGUGGGACAGCACUCUCAAGCUGGGCAGUGAACUACCAACCUGCAAAAUAUGCCCGGGUAUUAGCAGAAAAAGUAGGCUGUGAUGUGAUCGAUACUGGUGAACUGGUGGAGUGUCUUCGGUCAAAAAAUUAUAAAGAACUGAUUGAGCAGAAUAUUACACCAGCACGAUAUCAUAUUGCUUUUGGUCCUGUGAUUGAUGGGGAUGUGAUACCUGAUGACCCUCAGAUCCUAAUGGAGCAAGGAGAAUUUCUGAACUAUGACAUAAUGCUAGGGGUGAAUCAAGGAGAAGGAUUUAAGUUUGUUGAUGGCAUUGUUGAUAAUGAAGAUGGAGUCACAGCAAGUGCUUUUGACUAUCAUGUCUCAAACUUUGUUGACAAUUUGUAUGGUUACCCAGAAGGCAAGGAUACAAUACGAGAAACAAUUAAAUUCAUGUACACAGACUGGGCUGACAAGGAGAACCCUGAAACACGCAGGAAAACGUUAGUUGCUCUAUUCACAGACCAUCAGUGGGUUGCACCUGCUGUUGCCACAGCUGAUUUGCAUGCACAAUAUGGAUCACCUACAUAUUUUUAUGCUUUUUAUCACCACUGCCAGAGUGACAUGAAACCAAGCUGGGCUGAUGCUGCCCAUGGAGAUGAAAUUCCUUAUGUGUUUGGAAUCCCAAUGAUUGGUCCUACAGACAUUUUUAACUGCAACUUUUCUAGGAAUGAUAUAAUGCUUAGUGCUGUUGUUAUGACAUACUGGACCAACUUUGCCAAAACAGGGGAUCCAAAUCAACCAGUGCCACAGGAUACAAAGUUCAUCCACACAAAGCCAAAUAGAUUUGAAGAAGUAGCUUGGUCUAAGUAUAAUCCAAAAGAUCAACUUUAUUUGCACAUUGGCCUGAAACCACGGGUGAGAGAUCAUUAUAGAGCCACUAAGGUUGCUUUCUGGUUGGAACUUGUUCCGCAUUUACAUAACUUGGAAGAGGUUAUACCAUACAUAUCAACAACAACAAAAGUGCCUCCACCAGACACAACUCCUUUUUCAUAUGUCACAAGGCGUUCUCCAAACAAACAGUGGUCUACUACUACAAAGCGUCCAGGAAUGCCAGCAGGAAGUAACCCUAAACAGAAUCUAGAUAGCCAGAAGAAGCCUCCUGAGGAACAACAGGUACAAGUAGAAGACAAACGAGAUUACUCCACUGAAUUAAGUGUAACUAUUGCCGUAGGAGCUUCCCUACUUUUUCUCAACAUCCUGGCAUUUGCUGCUCUUUACUACAAAAAAGAUAAGCGGCGUCAUGAAACACACAGGCGCCCCAGUCCUCAGAGGAAUACUACAAAUGACAUAGCACACAUACAAAAUGAAGAGAUAAUGUCUUUGCAGAUGAAACAACUAGAGCAUGAUCAUGAUUGUGAAUCUCUACAAGCUCACGAUACUCUAAGACUCACCUGUCCACCUGAUUAUACUCUUACUUUACGGAGAUCUCCAGAUGACAUUCCUCUUAUGACCCCCAACACAAUAACCAUGAUUCCAAACACUUUAGCAGGAAUGCAACCUUUGCAUACCUUCAACACCUUCAGUGGAGGCCAAAACAGUACUAAAUUACCCCAUGGACAUUCUACUACUAGGGUAUAGCUCUGAGGUAGUGCCAUUUUAUCAUCUUUGAUGACAUACAUAUUUAAAAACUUAAAUGACUUUUCACAGAAGACAAGGGACUUACUAUUUUAAUACAAAACCUUCUUAAAGGAAUUAUAUGAUGUUUAGGUCUGCAUAAACCCAUUUAAAUGUGAAGAGUGUGUUCUGCUCUUAAAACACUACAAUAAGAUCUUUAACUUACAGCAACAAACAAAAAAAUGGAAGAAAAAUGAAGAGCCAAAAGUUAUUGAGCAGCCACUUGAAGAAUACACUCUGUUGUGAUUCUGAAAUAUGAUGGACAUUAUGGUGACGAGGGCCAAUGAAUAGAGAUAAUGCCAUUUUUAAAUAGUCUCUUUGUGCCAUAACCAGGGGGCCCAAGCCUAAAGGCAAGGCAAAUGUCAUAUGGAUCUACUCCUCGGUGAUUAUCUCUGAAUGAGUCUAUAACUGAACUGUGUGCGUGUGUGUGUGUGUGUGUGUGUGUGCGUGUGUGUGUGUGUGUGUGUGUGUGUGUGUGUGUGUGUGUGUGUGUGUGUGUGUGUGUGUGUGUGUGUGUGUGCGUGUGUGUAUAUGCCUGUUUGAUUGUUUACUAACAACCAGUGAAGAUAAUGGAAUUUUAAUAAAAAGGGACUAUGCAGUAAAUUAUAUAUAGUUCUGCAGAAGGUAAUAGUUUGCCAGUCUGAACUGUACUUAAAAAACAUUUGUAAAAAUGUAAAUAGCUGUGAUAAAAAAGAAGCUUUUAUUGAUGUUUUAAGUUUAAUGGGAGCUUUUAGAGAGCGUGUGCUUUCAACUGUGACCUGACUGUACAUAUAUUAGUCAUUGUCACCUCUGAAAAUAUGUGGAACCCCUUAAUCAGUGAUACUCCAAGACAAAAGGCUUUUUUUUCCUCAUUAACAUGAAAGACAGAAGGGUGUUUUAACUCCCUUAUACUUAUCUGAGUAACUCAGCUUCUUACUUUUCUGGCUACAUUAUUUGCAUGCUUAAGCAUUCUAAAUUGCCAGUAAAUUUUUGUUGCUUUAUUUCAUUUGACAUUGGUGAGCUUUCCAAGGGCAAACAGCAGAUUGGGAUGAAAUUGCAUAUGAUUCUUUCAGUGUGUCUGAUUGAUUAUUCCAUUCUGUUUUGCAUUUUUACUUAUUUAAAGGUGAUGUUACUUACUGCCACAUCCUGACACCAUGCUGUAAAGAUAAGCUACCAUUCCGCUGUUCUAAUGUUUUGCUAAUAAGUCAGUGUUGCUCUGCCCUGCAUAGCAGCUGAUUAAUCAUCAGUGAUAUGAAUGCAGGUACUGUUCCAGCGAUAUAGCAGAAGAGUCGUGAGAAAUGUAUGAAGACAAGGCAGAAAGGUGGGUAUGAAAAUGAAAACAACAUUGAAGUGCAUGAUAUCUCUCAAUAUGCAGGUUUUCAUUUUCUUAAGUACUUCACUUAAGAAUUUAAGCAUUUUCAGAAAAAUAGACUAACAGCUGUUUUCCACAACUGUUCAAUGUACAAAACAUAAGACAUCAAUACAUUUCAGAUGUAAAAAAAUCAUUUAAAGAGCUGCUUACUGAAAAUAAUCAUUUCUCGGAGGACGUCAACAUUUUUUUUCAGGCAGAUUCUUACUAGACAAAAUAUACAGUUUUAAAAUAUUUCUUACAUUUUGUGCAUAAGGUACAGGAUAGCCAACAAUAUAAAUUCAGUUUUAUCAAGCACUUAUUGGACUUCAACUAAUUCUUAUUGAAAAUGAUGUUACCAAGAAAACAGUGAAAUGGUUAAUGCAGCUGUUUGAGACUUUGCCUUGGAUCUGUGCAUUGCUGCUCUGGUCAAGCUGAGUGCAGUAAUUUUUGAAGAACAAGGACUACCUUUCCAAAGAAAUGUGACCUUAUACACAAUUCAUCUAGCUUAGACAGGUAACUUCAUAUGUUUGUCAUACCUGAGAAAUGAGACUUGAAGUCAUGAUUGAAACAUUUCUGGUGGAUAGCAGAAUGAGAUUGUUAAAUAUUUCCAAGUAGUUAUUAGAAGAGCAUAUGGAAAAAAGGACAAGUGUGCUAAUAACCUCAUCAGAGCUGUGAAUGAUAACAAAAUAAUAUAGUUCCUAUAUAUUUUUAUAGUGGAAAGUGGGCUGAAGGUAGAUGAGAACCAGACACCAUACAAUAGCAUUUAAGUAUCAUCUUUUACCACUGAUGAUAUACAAGCAAUUUAUACAAACAGCUGCCAUAUAUACGGAACCAAAGCAGACAGGUUUUUUUUGUAAUAUUAUGGAAUUUAUAAUAGAAACAGUGAAGUUUGAUAAUCCAUAGCUUGCAACUUGCACAUUUCUCCAUAUUAGAUAAUUCACAAAGUCAAGCUACUGCCUCAGCUUAGACUAAAAAAGAAAAUGUUCUUGAACGUUUUGCAGCAGCAAGUUUAAUACCAGAAUUAGUUGGUUAUGUUUCUAAAGAAAUCUAUUUGUUUAGUACUUCAACUUGUCUUAUGCUAGCAAUAUGUACAGUAUUGUGCCAGGCUUGUGAUAUUUGGGUAUACAAAGUUAUGUGAAUGAUUUUAGCUAUUUGAUCAUAAAUAUGAACAAAGUAAAUGUGAAAUUGUACAUCUAAACUGAUGUAUAAUUUAAAACUGGAAAGGAUUUAUAGGGCCAUUGUAGAAUUAUAUGAUAUUGUUAACAAGCUAUAAUUUGGAAAUUGUUCAGAAGCACCCUUCCCAGCCUUAUAUCCUUUACCUUAAAAAGGCAACCAGGGUUUAAUUUUAUGUUUCAUUAUUCUUUGCAUUUUGUUUUUGCCUUAAACAAUGAUAGAAGAUAUAUAUGGCUGGACACAUAUGUAUACAAUUUUCAGCAGCAUUUUUAAUAAUAAAAUAUCACAAUAUUUUCUAAUUCA